GUCAAUGGGCGUAUAGUUGUUAACCUUGUGUUGGGGGAUGUAAAAGUGACAUACAGUACACUUACAAUCAGGGCACUGGAGGCUAUUUUAGUUGACCACUCAGAGAAGGCAAUAGGAGCCAUACAAUUUGACUUGAGUGUUCCUCUGGUCAUUUAAAGACAGUCACUGCUCAAGUCAACAGGUUUUCUGCAAAGGUUGAAAAAAGGUAUGUAUAUUUUCCUACAAAUCUUUCAGUCAAUCCUGUUGGAAUUAUCAGGAAUAACCAAAAGAUCAGCAGGAGCCUUCUUAGACUGGUGCAAAUUGCAUGCAAAUUUACUGCAAAUGUAAGACUGAAUGCAGUUUGACCAAAUAUUGGUUAUGACAGGACCAGAAUGGGAAAAGUAUUACUUAAAAAGAAUUUACUUAAAAUGUAUGCAUUUUUUUGCAAAAAAAAAAAAGUCAUUCAAUGAAAUUUGCAUAUUAGAGUUUUAAAUUUGCAAUGAAACAAUUCCUUUUGAUAAUCUUAAUAAAUUCAUAUCAAAAAUGAUUCUAUUAUGAAAGCCAAUACACUUGUUUUGUUCCAUACAUUUGUCUUUUUUGACAAAAACAAUUUCUUUAAAAUGGAUCGAUGCCAACUGGGAUUAAAAUAGGUAUAUGACUCAGACUGCAGCACUCAAGCGUGAAGUGUUGCUAAUUUAAAGGCUUAAUGUUGGUAUGUUACCAUACGAGGUCUGGAUGACUGUUCCUGGGCUCAACAAGAGGGGAAUAAACAGCUUGCACAGUUGCAGAAAAAUACACUGAUUCAGAAGAUAAAAGCCAGCCAUGUCUGAGGCACCGAGAAAAUCUAAGAUCUCUGCGUCACGCAGACUGGCACUGAAGACGAAGAUGCUGAAAACUGCAGCUGUGAUGUUGGAGAAAGACAAGGAGGAAAAGAAACAGGAGAGAGAAGCUGCGCUGAGUGAGAGAGUCCCUCCACUUCAGCUGUCUGGUUUGUCCCUGCAGGAUCUUCAGGCUCUGUGCAAAGAACUGCACCAUAAGAUUGAUGUGGUAGAUGAAGAUCGCUAUGACAUUGAGGCCAAAGUGUCCAAAAAUAACAAGGAGAUUGAAAAUCUGUCUCAGAAGAUCUUUGAGCUUAAGGGUAAAAUGAAGAGACCUGCUCUCAAGAGGGUGAAGAUUUCAGCUGAUGCAAUGUUGGGAGCUCUGCUGGGUGCCAAAGUUAAAGAAUCUGUGGACUUCAAGGUCAACCUCAAGACAGUGAAGAAAGAAGAGGAGAAGAAAGAGGAGGUGACUGACUGGCGUAAGAACGUGGAGGCCAUGUCUGGCAUGGAGGGCAGGAAGAAGCUGUUUGAUGCCGGACAGUAGACUUUACAUUUAUGGACAAUAUGAAUGCUACUUUAAAGUGGGAAAGAAUAGAGAGGAAAAUUAAGCUAAUGUCACUGCUCACAAUAGUAAGUAGACAGUGCACAUGUGAGAGUGUGUACAGACUUCUGCAAUAUGCUAAAAUAUCUUGAACAUAAUUGAGCUUAACUCUCUUGUUGUUUUGUGGUGUCGGCACUUUAAAAAAUUCACAUUUUUAAUUGUCUACACUUUCCUAUAAAGCAUAUAGUGCAAUUUACUCUACUAGAUAUUGAAAUGCAUAGUAAACACUGCUUUUUGUCAUGAUAAUAAAUACUUGUGAUCAACACA